AUGGAGCGCUCGCAGAGCCGCCUCAGCCUGUCCGCCUCCUUCGAGGCGCUCGCCAUCUACUUCCCGUGCAUGAACUCCUUCGACGACGAGGACGCGGAAGGGGACAGCCGGAGGUUGAAGGGGGCCAUCCAGAGGAGCACGGAGACGGGCCUGGCGGUGGAGAUGCCCAGCAGGACGCUGCGCCAGGCCAGCCACGAGUCCAUCGAGGACAGCAUGAACAGCUACGGCUCUGAGGGCAACCUUAACUAUGGGGGAGUUUGCCUGGCAUCAGACGCCCAGUUCAGUGACUUCCUGGGCAGCAUGGGACCAGCACAGUUUGUGGGCCGCCAGACCCUGGCCACCACGCCGAUGGGGGAUGUGGAGAUCGGCUUGCAGGAGCGGAACGGUCAGCUCGAAGUGGACAUCAUCCAGGCUCGGGGACUGACGGCCAAGCCAGGCUCCAAGACACUGCCAGCGGCCUACAUCAAAGCCUACCUGCUAGAGAACGGCAUCUGCAUUGCCAAGAAGAAGACCAAAGUCGCUCGCAAGUCGCUGGACCCGCUGUAUAACCAGGUGCUGCUGUUUCCCGAGAGUCCCCAGGGCAAAGUCCUGCAGGUGAUCGUGUGGGGGAACUACGGGCGGAUGGAGCGGAAGCAGUUCAUGGGUGUGGCCCGCGUACUGCUGGAGGAGCUGGACUUGACCACCCUGGCCGUGGGCUGGUACAAGCUCUUCCCCACCUCCUCCAUGGUGGACCCAGCUACGGGCCCCCUGCUCCGGCAGGCAUCCCAGCUGUCCCUUGAGAGCACCGUGGGGCCCUGUGGCGAGCGAUCUUAGUGCCAGGGAGGGGGAGGGGCUCCCCAAGAUGGUCUGGAGACCGC